ACUCAGGGACUUCCCGCACAAACAAGCGGGUGCGGGCGGGACGGGACAGAUGGGAGGACGGGCGCGUGAUUGCGGGGCUGUGCCGUGGGGGGAGCCGACAUCUCAGCCCAGGGCCUGAGCACGCAGCUGGGAUCAGCUUGGACCCAGCCCGCCCUUGGCCGGCGGCCCUGCAGCCCCGCGAGGGCCGGGCCCCUCCCAGCCCGACCCGCCCGGGAGAGCUCGCUGGGUCCGGGCUCCCGGGGAGCACGGCGCUGUUUCGUAGGGACCCAGGCAGCGCAGGACGGGGACAUGGAGAUGGUGCAGGUGGGCACCCAGUGCCCGAGUGGCACCAACUCCCCUGAGGCCCCAGCCCCCAGCAGCAGCAGGACCAGACGGCACAAGAUCCAUUCCUGCCUCCGUUCAAAAGCAGUUUGGAUGUGCGCUGGCUGCAUCGUAGGGCUGGGGAUCCUGGUGCCAUGUCUGGUAGCGGGGCUGCAUGAGACACGAGAGACACCGCAGCUGAAGAGCACCGUGGUGCCUUCCUCCAGUGCCCGCUCCCACUCCUACCGGCAUUUCUACAUGGGGGCAUCAGACCCUGGCCCAGACGUGCCCGACUUCACUGCAAUGAGCUAUGUGGAUGACCAGCAAAUUCUCCACUACGACAGCGAGAGGCAGAGAGAGGAGCCAUGCGGGGGCUGGGUGCAGGGGGCCGUCGACCCAGACUUCUGGGACACAGAAACCAGGAGCUUGCAGCAGUGGCAGAAGAGAUUUAAACAGAACCUGGUCACCCUGCAGCAUCGGUACAACCAGAGCAGGGGGUCUCACACUCUCCAGUUCAUGUACGGCUGUGAGGUUGGUGAAGACGGCAGCACUGGAGGCUUCAUGCAGGUUGGCUACGACGGGGGAGGCUUCAUCAGCUAUGACCUGGGAACGUGCACCUGGGUAGCAGGAACAACACAGGCCCGGGUCACCCAGCGCAGGUGGAAUGAGGAUAAAAUCCUUCUUCGGCUUACAAGAUCCUACCUGGAGGAGACCUGCAUUGGGUGGCUACGGCAGUACCUGCAGCACGGGGAGGCAGCGCUGCAGAGCAAGCACCCCGUGGCAGAGGUGAGCCACAGGCCCUUGUCCUGGGACGGACGCACCGCCCUGUCCUGCCGGGUGCACGGCUUCUAUCCCAGGGACGUGGCUGUCGUCUGGCUGGAGAACGGGGAGGCGCAGCCCCAGGAGACGAGAUCUUCAUGGGUCCUUCCCAGCGGAGACGGGACCUACCAGACCUGGGCCACCAUUGAGAUCGACCUGAGCAGCAAACACGACUACACCUGCCGCGUGGAGCACGUGAGCCUGGGUGCAGCCCUGACAGUGUCCUGGGACAAAGGCAGGAGCAAGCCCAACCCGAUGCUGAUUGUGGGCACUGUGAUCGGUGUCGUCGUGCUGGUCAUUGCCGGGGUGGGCGCAGCUGUUCACUGGCUCAGACGUACCCUUCACUGAGGAGGAUUGAUGUUGCUGCUGCUACGUGGAAAAAGGAAACCCCCAAGGAGCAGCGGAGCUGACACCACAUGCUGCUCUUGCCGGGAACAUCGUCCCUGCUCCCAGCCGCGCAGGCGUGAAGGCUGCCACCUUGGAGACGUUUCUGGACAUCUUGCAUCGCGGUGCAGCUGCUGCUACGCAGUGGUGACCGGGGCGCCAUCCCGGGUGGGAGGGGAGGGCACUGGCUGGCGUGACGAUGCCGCAGGGCAUCUCUUUCCAGCCAGGGCAGUGUUAUAAUUGAUGAGCCCUGCUUGCUUCCUUGGAUGUCUCCCCUCCAGCUGCCCCCUGCCAGGGGCCUGACCGCAGCGAUGGUAUGAAGUGCACACAGAUUUUGUCAUGAUGUGAUAGUCCUUAUAACUUAUUGUCCCGUUUUUACAUUGUGCUUUUAGCACAAACACAUCUUUUUGCAUCAAUUACACUUCAAUUAAGGUUUGGGAUGGUUUUAAAAUGGUAUUUUUUUAAUAUGUAGCCUGAGUGUACACGGUUUGUACUUUCCUCUCCAAUUGAGGGAAUUAUUGGCGGGGCAGCGCACUGCGGAGGGACACAGCAGCCCAGCGGCCACCUCUGUCCCCUAUAGAGUCAGGUCCAGUCAAUCAGUUACUUACCUAUGUACAGAUUUAUUAUCACAACAAAACCAUUAAAGGGGUAAGGACAUAGAUUAUAUAUACAUGUACACGUUUACCAUACAAUAAACCCUAUUUAUAUAUAUA